AUGGACAAGAGGACGGUGAGCGAAGCCUACCAGCCGAUGGAGGGCCAGAUGGAUGAGAACCGCGAGGAGCAGGAUGAGGCCAAGCGUCCACGGCUGGAGGAGCAGACGACCAUCGACGACCCGUCCAGCAGCCAGCAGCAGUUCGGAGGUGUGACGUAUCCUCCGAGUCUGCCGAGCCCACCGCUCAGGGACUCGGCGAAUGCACACCUGGCGAGAGAUGUGGAUGAAGACGUCAUCGUGAACGAGGUGGACGUUCUGCUCACGCAGGGCAGUAAGGAGAUCAACCCCAAGGAGGACAAGUGGAAAUCACCCGAGGGCCUCGCGAUGAUCGAGAAGGCGUACACCAAGGAAAUGACGAGCUUGGUGCACGAGACCAAGGCAUGGAAGCCAGUGGACUUGGAGAAGUCGCGGCUGCUGAAGACCCAGGUGCCAGAUCGGAUCUUACGUCCGAGGCCGGUGCUGACGUUGCGGACGGGCGACGACGGCAAGGAGGAGGUCAAGUGCCGGUGCACGCUGCAGGGCUUCAAGGACCCGGACAUCCUGGACCUGGUGCGUGAAGGACGGACGGCGAGCCCUACCAUGUCCACCAACGGGAGGGCGAUGCUCUUGCAGACGUUGGCGUCCUGCAAGUUCGACCUGACCAUCGGCGACGUGAAGUCAGCUUUCCUCGUGGCAGAGCCGGAGGCCAGGCCGAAUGGCCCGAUCUACGUGACGAUGCCGAAGGACUACACGCUGAAGGGCUAUCACCCGGAGCAGCUCUUCGAGGUGGUCAACGGAUACGGACUGGGAGACCAACCUCAGCAGUGGUGGCGCACGUUCGAGCGGUACAUGUUGGAGGAGCUGAAGUUCGACCAGCACCCCAUGGACCCGUGCGUGUUCCUGCUGAGGGAGCCCGUGACCCAGGAGAACGCCGGCCUGGUCGCCAAGGACAGGGUGUCGGUGAUACCGUACGCCACUGGUUCUGAGAGCGCCCAGCUGCGUGGUGAGCCUGGCGCGCUGUGCGGCAUCCUUGGAGUGCAUGUGGACGAUCAGAUCAAUGGUGGCCGCGGUCAGCUGUGGGCCACUGCGAUGAAAAAGCUGCGAGCGAGGUUUCCAUUCAGAAAGUGGGUGACAGGGAGUGGGGAGUUCACGGGAUCGGUCCUCACUCAGCGAGCUGACUACUCGAUCGUCCAGUCGCAGUCAGAAUACACGAAGGGUAUCACCCCCGCGAGGACGAGGAAAUCAGCUCGGCCCGAUGAUGUAGCUCUGCCGUCGGAAGUGCACAACCACAUUUCGACUACGCAGCAAGGGAACUGGCUGGCAGGACAGACGAGGCCAGAUCUGAGUUGCCAGAUUUCCUUCUCCCAGCAGAUCAUGCCUCACCCGACGGUCGGCCAGAUCAGACGCUCGAAUGCUUGGGUCAGGAGGGCGAAGCAGUUUCACGAGAUCUCGGUGACUUUCCAGAGUAUUGUUCCAGAACGUUUGCGUUUCGUUUGCCACUCGGACUACUCCUCGAAGGACCUGGACGGGACGGGGAGGACACAGGGCGGGUACAUCAUAGGAGAGAGCAAGCUUCUGAAGGCGUCUUUGGGCCACCUGGAGUGGAUCAUGUGCUCGUUCGCGGCCACCCUGUACCCCACGUUCUGCCUAGAAAAUCGGGAUCGGUAUUCCAGGAAGUUCUCGGCGAUCAGCGUUAUCGAUUGCAAGUCGGUGUUCGACCACGUGACGAAACCUGGGGCCCCCACAGGACUCGAUGACAAGAAGGCCUGGGCCAUGGUGAAGUUCGAGGCGACGGGCAGCGACGAGCAGGCCAGGGCAUUUCUGCUCGGGCUGGUGGACGUCUACCCGGACGUGUCGUCCUACGUGGAGUCGGAGGCCAGGGUCAAGGUGAGGGUGCCAGCCAAGACGCUCCUGGGCGCCGUGCAGGCGAAGAAGGGCAACACGCCAGUGACGCUGCAGUACGUGGCCAACACCGGGAACAUCCAGGUGAUGACGGGAGUGGCACUGGAGGACGAGAUUCGGGACAAGUGCAAGAUGCUGGAGAGGGCGUACGCUUCAUGGCAAAGAGCACCGCUCGACCAGAAGCCGAAGUUGGAAAUCAAGUCGCCGGCCACGGAGUUCUUCCGCAACAACACGGUGAAGGCGAGCAAGAAGGAGAUCGAGCAGGACGGCGACGAGAAGAUCACGCUCCCGGACGACGAGGGAUACUCCGAGGCGAUGGACGCCAUCCUCGAGAGCGUCGGGUGGUCUCUUUCCGAGUACCCGGUGAUGAGGGACAGGAUUCUCAAGACGUUGCAGAUGUACGUGCCCGACGGGGAGGAGGAGACCACCCCAAAGCGAGCACAGGCAGUCGGUGAAGACGACGAUGGCACAGGCGACUGGCAGAUGGGUGACAGUGUGAAGGUCAGGAAGUGA